UGUGUGUGUGUGUGUGUGUGUGUGAGAGAGAGAGAGAGAGAGAGAGCGGACUCAAACCCGCACUGAGGUGGAAACACGGCUUUAUUUCUCUUUAACAUUUCAGUGAUUGUGGAGAGAAAAGUGUCUUUUUAACUGCAUUCCUCUUUAUUUCUCCUCUUUAACACACCGGAGUGAUUAUUCUGGAGUCACAGCGCGGAUCAGGAAAUCUUUUAUUUCUCGAAGAAAACUGACUAAAUCGAACUUUUUUUCCUGAGGUAAAAUGCUAUGCUAAUUGGGAUUUAGCGAUAGCUAGCUUAGCAUGCUAACAGCUCUGCUGAGGGGAAGCGCUCGGACUCGGCUUGUGUCCCCGCGAUGCUGCAGCUCUGAGCGGGGUUAGACCUCCACACCCACACCCAGGACCGGGGUUAGACCUCCACACCCAGGACCGGGGUUAGACCUCCACACCCAGGACCGGGGCUGAUACAGGUUCUUGAGAUGCGUCUCACCCUUAUUGGAUGUGUCUACAUUGCUGAGUGAGAUUCUAAAACACGGAUCAUACAUGAGAAGUGUCUGAGGUGGUGGAGUUUGUGUAUGUGUGUGUGUGUGUGUGUGUGAGUGUGAGUGAGUGUGAGGAUGAGCUCUAAGCGCAGUCUGUUUGUGCGGUUGGUGCCGUGCCGGUGUCUGCGUGGUGAGGAGGAGACAGUCACCUCACUGGACUACAGCCACUGCAGCCUGGAGCAGGUCCCUAAAGAGAUCUUCAGCUUUGAGAAGACCCUUGAGGAGCUCUACCUGGAUGCCAACCAGAUCGAGGAGCUCCCCAAGCAACUGUUUAACUGUCAGUUACUGCACCGGCUGAGUCUCCCUGACAACGACCUGAGCGUCCUGCCCCCCGCCAUCGCCAACCUCAUCAACCUCCGAGAGCUGGACGUCAGCAAGAACAGUAUACAAGAAUUUCCUGAAAAUAUUAAGAACUGUAAAGUCCUGGCCAUUGUUGAAGCAAGUGUGAACCCCAUUUCUAAGCUCCCAGAUGGUUUCACACAGCUGCUCAGUCUAACACAGCUCUACCUGAACGAUGCUUUCCUCGAGUUCUUGCCAGCAAGCUUCGGGAGACUGACUAAACUACAGAUUUUGGAGCUGAGAGAGAAUCAGUUAAAGAUGCUGCCCAAGAGCAUGCAUAAGCUGAUGCAGUUGGAGCGGCUGGACCUGGGGAGUAAUGAGUUCACUGAAGUGCCUGAGGUGUUGGAGCAGCUCACCACCAUUAAGGAGCUGUGGAUGGAUGGGAACAAGCUGACAGGCCUUUCCCCGAUGAUUGGGUCGCUGAAACAGCUCAAAUAUCUGGAUGUGUCUAAGAACAACCUGGAGAUGGUGGAUGAGCAGAUCAGUGGCUGUGAGAACCUUCAGGACCUUCUGCUGUCCAACAACAUUCUUACACAACUCCCUGACUCUAUAGGUUCUCUGAAUAAGCUGACUGCUCUGAAGGUGGAUGAGAAUCAGCUUGUGUGUUUGCCAGAAUCAAUAGGAGGACUCAUGGCUCUGGAUGAGUUGGACUGCAGCUGUAAUGAACUCGAGUGUCUCCCCGCUACCGUGGGAAAGUGUGUGAACCUGCGCACCUUCGCUGCUGACCACAACUUCCUCACACACCUGCCUCCUGAGGUGGGCUGCUUGAAGAACAUCACUGUGCUGUUCCUGCACUCCAAUAAACUGGAGUCUCUCCCUGAGGAGAUGGGAGACAUGCAGAAGCUCAAGGUUAUCAAUCUGAGCGACAACAAGUUAAAGAACCUUCCCUACAGCUUCACCAAGCUAAACCAGAUCACUGCUAUGUGGCUCUCCGAGAACCAGUCCAAACCCCUGAUCCCUCUACAGAAGGAGGAGGAACCUGAAACCCACACAACCGUCCUCACCAACUACAUGUUCCCCCAGCAGAGCAGCGUCGAGGAGUAUGCUCAGAACUCGGAUGGUGAGAGCUUUAAUCCGACUCUGUGGGAGGAGCAGCGGAAGCAGCGAGCGCAGGUGGCCUUCGAGUGUGAUGAAGAUAAAGAUGAGAGAGAGGCUCCUCCACGGGAAGGAAACCUGCGGCGGUAUCCUACACCGUACCCUGAUGAGCUGAAGAACAUGGUGAAAACAGCGCAGUCUGUCGCUCACCGCAUCAAGGAGGACGAGUCCGGAGACGAGACGGCUGUAGAGAGAAACCACAUCGGAGUGCAGAGUGUGGGAGUGAAGGUGAUCGAAACUCCAUCUACUAACGGCCGAACGCACGAUGCCGAGUCCAACGCUAUGCUCCAGAACUCCACUUCAUCUGAGCCGACUGAUGUUCCGGAUAACUGUGACAUGGAGAGGAUCCCACUGAAAAGCUCAGAGAACACCGGAUCUACUGCCACCUACGAGGACACACUAGAGGAAUCCGAGGAGCUGUCGUCAGAUGAGGAGGAGAUGAAGAUAGCUGAGAUGAGACCUCCUCUGAUCGAGAUCUCCAUCAACCAGCCUAAAGUGGUGGCCCUCAGCAAGGACAAGAAAGAUGACAGUAAAGACGCAGACUCGUUGCUGGAUGAAACAGUGGCCAACAGUAACCAGAACAACAGUAACUGUUCCUCACCGUCCCGCAUGUCCGACUCGGUGUCUCUAACCACAGACAGUAGCCAGGACAACUCCCUGUGUACUCCUGAGAGAGAGACCAAGAUCCCACUCAUCCCCAAAAACAGACAUGAGGAUGAGAAUCUAAACCAGCUGAAGGAGACGGUUCCACUGCUGCAGAACUGUAACGGCUCAGAGACCUCACUGCAGAAGGUCCUGAAGAACCAGCGCACCUACGAGAACAAAACCAGUACCAACAUGUCCGACUACGAGAUGUCCAUGGAGGAGAGGUUGGCUCUCAUCGAGAAGGACAUCAACAACAGCGUGACCGAACCGUACAGCAAGUGGGAUCAGAUCAACAUGAACGUCGCUUAUGAGAACGUGGAGAAAAUUAAUAGCACCUCCGUGGAGACCAGGUUGAGCAACAACAACGCCAGCUCUGUGGAGAACCUCGACAACGGGAACCAGAACGGCAAAUUGCAGCCGGGGGAGGGCAUGACGAGGCACGAGGUCAUUCGAACCGUCGUGGCGUCCAGCGAAGUGUCUCUGUCUCAAAGCACAGAGGAACUGACCCCUGAGAAGAGAUGUCCUCCAGCUAUGGUGAUGAAAUCUCAGAGUAUCAGCAACAUGGAGGCCAGUGGAAUGAAGCUGUACUCCAUGGAAGGUGAGGUUCCUCCAUAUGAGUGUGUGGUGGGUCCUCAGGCUGUUCCAGGACCCCAAAGCAUUGUCCGUUCCAAAUCAGCCUCACUGCUUGAUGACCAGCCGCUGCAGAUCCACCCCAGUUCCUCAGGUUCCUCCUCUGAUCUCUUGAGUUCCAGAAUUCCGGCCCGCUACCCCAUGGCACCCCCGCCUCAGUAUAACAUCCAGUACUCAAGCAGCAACGUGCCUAAAGAGAACCUGUGGACCCAACGUACCCCAGUGCCCCCUGAACAGCCCUUUCUCCCUCCUCAGCACUCCUUCGCCAACACAAACUUCUCCAAUCGCAACAACGCACCACCGUACCCUCACCAGCCCCAGCAGCGCGGCCCACCCAAAACCCCAGACAUGUGGGUAAAGGAUCGCAUGCUGCCCCCCGGUGUGCAGAGAAACCCCCUGCAGAGGCAGAGCAGCACCUCCUCCAACGCCUCCAUGGUUUCGGCAGAACCUCGGCGCGUUCCCGGGCCUGACGGUGACUACGUGAGCUACAGAGAGAUCCACAGCAUGCCCCGAGCUCCUCUACAGAUGAACUCCCAGAGGCCGCUGUCAGCUCGCACCUACAGCGUGGAUGAGGGGAGCGGGCCACGCCCACACAUCACUCGCCCUCCACCACACGAGCUCCCUGAGAGAACCAUGUCCGUCUGCGACUUCAGCUACCAGCACAGCAGCCCAAACAAGAGGCCCAGCAUCCGGGUGAAGUCCGAGCACUCGCUGUUAGACGGAGCUCCGGGGGGAGGUGGCAGAGUGCCGGCUGACUGGAGAGACCAUGUCAUGAGGCACAUCGAGGCCAAGAAGAUGGAGAAGAUGACCAUGCUGUCUCGGUCUUUGGCCACACUCUAUGGCAGUCAGAGCUCUCUGAGCACUGUAGAUGGACGGAAGUUUGGAGGCCCUUGGCCCAGCGAUGAGGGUUUUGGUGUGUACGGACAGCAGAGUUACAUCGUUGACUCACACAGGAAAGUGCCUUUGAUGAAUGGUCAGAUGUGUGCUCCUCCUCCUGCUCCUCUUCGCUCUCAGAUGAACUGUGCUCAGGUUCCGAUGGCUCGGCAUCCCUCCAGAGAGCAGCUCAUCGACUACCUGAUGCUCAAAGUGUCCCAGCAACCGCCUGGACCCCCACGUCACCCCCAUGACACCCUGCCUCACGAGAUGCACGUGAAGAUUGAGAAGAACCCUGAACUAGGCUUCAGUAUAUCAGGAGGAGUGGGAGGACGAGGAAACCCGUUUCGCCCUGAAGAUAACGGAAUAUUUGUGACGAGAGUUCAGCCUGAGGGACCUGCUUUUAAACUUCUCCAACCAGGAGACAAAAUCAUCCAGGCGAAUGGAUAUAAUUUUGUGAACAUCGAUCACGGGAACGCUGUGUCUCUCCUGAAGAACUUCUCCAGCACAGUGGACCUGGUCAUUAUCAGAGACAUGGCAGCAUAGAGACUCCACAGAACCCACGAUGUCUGAAUGGUCACUUAUAUUUUUGUACACAGAGGAGAAGGAGUUGGAGGAGGAGACAUACAUCUGAACUGUUUUUAAUAGAAGAGUUGUGAUAAAAAGGGGUGUAACCACUGCAGCAUGUGGGCGGAGUCUCUGCAGCAUCCUUCACUGUGGGAGAAACAACAUGCACGAGAAAACUGUGUUUUUUAAACAAUUUUUUUUAAUCAUUCACCUUAAAGUAGAAGCGAGGAGAUGACCAACAAGGGGCGGGGCUCUGCCUGCUGACAUCAGCAUCUCUUUUUUGUUUUAAUUUUAUUUUUAAACCACAUUUAAGUUCCUUUAUAUUUUUGGUAUUUGAGAAAUCUCUGACCUGUGGAGCUGUUGAUCUGGAGCUCGAGGAUGUGUGCUGAGAGCAGAUUCUGAAUGUAGAACUUGUGCGCUUUAUGGAAAGUCAUACCACAUCCACACGUCUUCACCUGGAACGUUCUGCCACGUCUCUGAGACUGCCCCGUAACUCCAUUAGAAGUGUGUGAGAUGUGGUGGUGUUACGGAGGACAACAGAGUUCUGAGAGAAACAUGACCUGUGUGUGUUGCAGUGCAUGCUGGGAAAAAUCUGAUGUCACACAUUUUAUGGAUCUCAUAUUUAAAGGGCUUCCUCUGGAGACGAGUGAUGUUCCUCAUCCUGACCGUCUGGCCACACCCACUGCUCUGGCCACACCCACUGCUCUGCUGUUUUUACUUGAUUCUGAUCUCUGGUUUUCAUGCUGAAACAGUUGCAGUGCUGAAUCACUCGUUCUCGCGUUUGGAGCGAGGGAUGCAGACGAACAAAACAAAGGACGUGUGAAGUGCCAACUGACCUUUAACCCUGAGCAAUACUCACUGAUCCACACAGUUGUGAGAGCAAUAGCAAGAUUUUACUUUCAGAAAGACGAGUGUUUUUAAAUAAUAAUAAUAAUAACACAAGGAACUCUUUUAGUAACACAUUUUUGUGAUCGCAUUUUAUAUUGUAAAUCUUUUAGACAAUAGGAAACAGCAUUUCUGAAUAUUUUGCAAAGCUGUGUGUGUGUGUGUGUGUGUGUGUGUGUGUGUGUGUGUGUGUGUGUGUGGUUUAAUCCUAAACUGAAUUCUGAUCUGACCUUGUAAAGAAAGAAAAAAACCUGAAGGCAUGAUCAUUGUUUCAGUGAGUAUUAGACUCUGAUCCUGAGGUCUGAAGCUUGGACAGUUGAACUGUGUGUGUGUGUGUGUGUGUGUGUGUGUGUGUGUGUACACAUACACACAACGUGAAUGUUUCUUGUCUUGUGUGAAAUUUCUGCAUGAAAUCGUUCCUUCUAUGAAUGUUAUGAAUGUAAAUCAUCGUGAUUCUGAAGAUCUACGAGGCCAAAUUCCUGUCGUCAGUGUGUGGAUUAGGUGUGGAGUAGAACACUGAUUAUCGUUUCUGUAGUAAAGCCGAUUUAUUUGAUUUAAUGUUCUGAUUCGAUUUUCCUCUCACCAUCACGCAGUAGCGGAGUCUAAACAGAGGCUCUUUGUCCCUCUGUCUGCUCAAGGUGGAUGAAACGCUUGUGAUUGACACGUGAUUAUCUCCACAGAUGAAACCUGACUAAAUGAAUCAUGACAAUCUGCAGAUCAAAUUUCAGUCUGAAUAUUUUAAUUCCACAUCCGAGAAGGAGCCCCUGGUCUCUCUGGACUCUCCUGUGUACGUCUAUUUAUUUAGCGCUUUUUCUUUCACUUUUAUUGAUUACUAAUGAAAGUGUAAAUAAUCCGGAGUUUAGUCACUGCAUUACUGACCUUUACUUUCUAAAGACCAGCAAUAAAUUCAUCACAGCAGCAAAGCUUUUUAAUUGGAUAGCAAUUUUCCCGGGUUCUUUGGACGCAGCUAUGUGAAGACCAUCGCUAUGCAUUUCCUCUACAUUCCAGAUUUUGUACAUAGUUUUAGGUUUCAUGGUAAAUCCUGUGGAAACAAAAAACACCAUCAAAUAAAAGAAUGGUCUUUUACAAACGA